UUCGUGAACAAAAAUUCCGGGAAGCGACAACACGCCGUCUGGAAUUAAAUUGCAAAAAAAAUUUUUUUUUAUACGUUUUUGUUGAAUUUUUGUGAAAUAUAAAGUGCGCAAAGCUCAAGGAACAAAUAUUUCAAAGAAAUUUGUGAAAUCUUUUGUUAAAUUCGUUCCACCGCCACCAAAAAAAAAAGACAACUCAUACGGAUCUACAUAAAAGAUAUUGUAUUUUAAUAUUGUUCAAAACCUCGACGACUUUAGAGAUCAUAUAUUUGAUGGGAAAUUGGCUUUCAAGUUCCAAGAUGGAGGAAGACCAGCCAGGUACCUAUAUUGUUUCUCAUACAGAUGAGUAUGAAAUUAGUCGUUAUUUUGCGAGGGAUAUUUCCACAGGAAUUCCGAAAUCGCGUGCAAAUUUUGACAGGCAGCUUGCUCUCCUCGCUUCCGCUCGAAACAAAGCGGAAAGCAGCAACAUAAUUAAGCAGCUCGAUGGGGCAUCGUCUGACGAUAUCAAUCAGGGGCACGAAGUUUUAGAGGAUGAUCCUGAUCUCAGUGACAUUGAACAGGCCGAUCAGGAAUCAUUGGAGGCUCUCAAUCAGGGGCCAGAAGAUGCACCAGAAGAACCACAAAUUGGAGGCAUUGAGCAGGCCGAUCUGCCAUCAUUGGGGGUUCUCGAUCAGGAGCCUGAAGAUGCACCAGAUGAACCACAAAUUGGAGGCAUUGAGCCGGCCAAUCAGGCAUCAUUGGGGGCUCUCAAUCAGGAGCCCGAAGAUGCACCAGAAGAACCACAAAUUGGAGGCAUUGAGCAGACCGAUCAGCCAUCAUUGGAGGCUCUCAAUCAGGAGCCCGAAGAUGCACUAGAAGAACCAGAAAGCGGAGAAAUUGAACAGGCCAAUCAGGCAUCACUAGAGGCUCUCAUUCAGGAGCCCGAAGAUGCACCAGAAGAACCACAAAUUGGAGGCAUUGAGCAGACCGAUCAGCCUUUAUUGGAGGCUCUCAAUCAGGAGCCCGAAGAUGCACUAGAUGAACCAGAAAGCGGAGAAAUUGAACAGGCCAAUCAGGCAUCACUGGAGGCUCUCAAUCAGGGGCCCGAAGAUGCACCAAUAGAAGCAGAAAGCGGAGACAUUGAGCAGACCGAUCAGCCUUUAUUGGAGGCUCUCAAUCAGGAGCCCGAAGAUGCACUAGAAGAACCAGAAAGCGGAGAAAUUGAACAGGCCAAUCAGGCAUCACUGGAGGCUCUCAAUCAGGGGCCCGAAGAUGCACCAGAAGAACCACAAAUUGGAGGCAUUGAGCAGGCCGAUCUGCCAUCAUUGGAGGCUCCCAAUCAGGGGCACCAAAAUUCACCAAAAGAAUUGGAAAGCGGCGACACUCAGCAACCAAAUCAGAAACCGUCAGGGGAUUCCAGUGGCCAGUGGCCCAAAGAUAUACAGGGAAGGCGUGAAUCCUCUGAUGGGUCGGGUUCUGAGGAUGCAAACCAGGGGCUCUAUACACAUGACGACCCUGAAUUGUGCGACAAUAAGCAGUACGGUGGGGAUCUGGAGCAGGAGAAUGCUUCCUCAGCUAAAGGAAUAAAUUUGAAAGACAAAGCUAUUAGCGAUGAGAAUGCGGGGGAUGUGCCUCCGUUCGAAGAUCACAAGAAGAUGCCGGACGCUGCAUCCAUUACAUCAUCGGAGGAUCUCCAGGAUUUCAUAGAAGUGAUGAAUGAUGGGCCUGUGGAUUUGCCAUUAGAGGAUCUCAAUCAAUUUCAAUCCCUUGAAACAGUACUAUCAUCCGCAGAAGAAGGAGAAGUUUGUAACGCACUGUACUGUGACUGCGAAGAAGGAGAAGUUCUUACCGAUGACAAUGACGAUGAUGAUUCAUUCUACAAUUCCGGCAAAAAGGACAUCUGUCAUUCGACGCCGUUUACCAAGGAAAACAACUAUCGGAUGUUUGAGAAGAAGCAGCUGCCAAUGCCGAAUCUCGAAGGUGCGAGCAAUUUUUUGAUGGGACUACAAAAAAUGCCUCAUGCCUUCAAAGCUGGAAUGCAGCAGCCGGAUGCAGAUCCAUUCUACUCACAGGCCAAGUCACAUAUGAGGAUUGGUCCCCUGCUACCGACACCAUUGUUCAUCAAGUCAUUGCCCUUUGACCUGACAGAGGCUCCCAAUCGGAAUGAGACGUAUACGCGCAAGACCACGGAAAUUGUUGGGGCACCGAUCUCGUGCCAAAGCGCAGGAGGCGACACCACGAAGGAGGCCGAGGGUUCGUCGUCCUUCUCGAAUCUUGGAAAGAAAUCAAUCUCUGGGGACUCAUCGCCACGCAUUCGAAAGAGAAACCGCUCGCCGCUAAUCACUUUGAAGAGAUCCCGCUCCAGAUUCUUGUCCCCCAGCGUGUCUCCCCCUAGAUAUGGCUACAGCAAGCGCCGUCGUUGUCGCAGUCGUAGUCGUCGCUUUUCCCCCAGUACCAGUUCAUCCCGUUCACCGAAGAGAAGUCCGAGUCGACGACGGAAAAUACACGGGAAUCCCACACGCCGUCGUUCCCGUCGCUCAAGCAGCCCGCCCAUGCGUCGUCGCUCCCGUAGUCCUUUCGUGCGCCGUCGCUCGCCCAGUCCUUUGGCACGCCGUCGCUCGCCCAGUCCUUUGGCACGCUGUCGCUCCCGCAGUCCUCCCGCACGACGUCGUUCGCCUCAUGCUUCCAAACAAUCCCGAGGCUUGGUCCGUCCAACUAUUCAAAACGCAUCGAACAUGGCACCGCGAAAGCGAAAGAUCAGCACCUCAUCGAGCAACUCAUACAAUGCCACAGACGAUUCAGCAUCUUCGAGCGAUUCGAGCUUCAAGCGUGCUUUACGGCGUGAGAAGACACUUAAAAAAGGGCCGAAAACCCCACCAGAUUCCCCGCCACCCGAAGACGCAUCAAAGUCUCGAAAGAAGUUCCUACUAAACAAGCUUUUGCUUUUGAAUGAAAAAAUUGAGGCAGCGAAAAAGUUACGACAAAUGAAGAUGAUGAAACUAUCAUCUAAUUUGGAUCCCAGAUUCAAAAACUAAAACGCAACGAAUAACCAAAGAUUUUUGUUGCUUAGGAAUUAGAAUUGUAUCAAAGAAUAAAUCCAUAACGAUGCCUGGGAUGAAAGCCACGUAAACACCCAUGUAUGACCUGCCCAGGUGGCAGAAGAAACAUUCCCAUAAACCACACAAGGACUGCAGACACCGAGCAACGGCAGGAAGGCAGGCGGGGGGGCCAGAGGGGGCACAACUCAAAACAGGAACAACUAUAACUGAGAGCGCAUCUGUAGCUCCUCUCGGUCUCUCUCUCUCUCUCUCUGUGUGUGGGUGUAUACUCUGCUAAUAUCCUUGUUAAUAUUAUUAAACAUUAUUUAUGGAUUUGUUUAAUUUGUA